GCGCGUCCGGACCCGCUGCGCCAGGCGCGCCAGCUCGACCCGGCGUGCGUCCGCACAAGGAAAGUGACCCCCGCUCGACCCGCCUCUCCUCUCAGCUUCCUGCAGCCUUCGCCACCUCCGGCCAGGGGCCCGGAACCCGGCCAGGAGAACGCUGAGCCUGCCCUCGCCCCCAAGUCUGCAGCUCGCGCGCCAUGGACGCCCCGGAGUCUCAGCCCGACCCCGAUGGCGGGGACGCCCCAGGCCAUGAGCCCGGGGGCAGCCCCCAGGACGAGUUCGACUUCUCCAUCCUCUUCGACUAUGAGUAUUUGAAUCCCAUCGAAGAAGAACCGAAUGCACAUAAGGUCGUCGGCCCACCCUCCGGACUCGCGUACCCCGAUGAAGUCCUGGACUAUGGCCUCAAGCCAUACAGCCCCCUCGCCAGUCUCUCUGGCGAGCCCCCGGGCCGAUUCGGAGAGCCGGAUAGGGUGGGGCCCCAGAACUUUCUGAGCCCGGCCAAGCCAGCAGGGGCCUCGGGCCUGAGCCCUCGGAUCGAGAUCACUCCGUCCCACGAACUGAUGCAGGCAGGGGGGUCCCUCCGCAUGAGAGACUCUGGCCUUCUGGUCGAGCAGCUGCCCGGGCCCGGCGCGGCCGCCAGCCCGAGGUUCACGCUGCCCGUGCCCGGCUUUGAGGGCUACCGCGAGCCGCUUUGCUUGAGCCCCGCUAGCAGCGGCUCCUCUGCCAGCUUCAUUUCCGACACCUUCUCCCCCUGCACCUCGCCCUGCGUCUCGCCCAAUAACGGCGGGCCCGACGACCUGUGUCCCCAGUUUCAAAACAUCCCUGCUAAUUAUUAUUCCCCCAGAACUUCGCCAAUAAUGUCACCUCGAACCAGCCUCGCCGAGGACAGCUGCCUGGGCCGCCACUCGCCCGUGCCCCGUCCGGCCUCCCGCUCCUCGUCGCCUGGUGCCAAGCGGAGGCAUUCGUGCGCAGAGGCCUUGGUUACCCCGCUGCCCGGAGCCUCACCCCAGCGCUCCCGGAGCCCCUCGCCACAGCCCUUGCCUCACGUGGCUCCCCAGGACGACAGCGCCCGGGCUGCGUACCCACCCACAGCUGGCUCUGCCGUCCUCAUGGAUGCUCUGAACAGCCUUGCUGCAGACUCCCCGUGCGGGAUCCCCCCCAAGAUGUGGAAGACCAGCCCUGACCCGUCGCCAGUGUCUGCUGCCCCAUCCAAGGCUGGCCUGCCCCGCCACGUCUACCCGGCAGUGGAAUUCCUCGGGCCCUGCGAGCAGGAGGAAAGGAGAAACUCGGCCCCAGAGUCCAUCUUGCUAGUGCCACCAACUUGGCCCAAGCAACUGGUUCCUGCUAUUCCCAUCUGCAGCAUCCCAGUGACUGCGUCCCUCCCUCCCCUUGAGUGGCCAUUGUCCAGCCAGUCGGGCUCCUAUGAGCUGCGAAUUGAGGUGCAGCCAAAGCCGCAUCACCGCGCCCACUAUGAGACAGAAGGCAGCCGCGGGGCCGUCAAAGCGCCAACUGGCGGCCACCCUGUGGUCCAGCUCCAUGGCUACAUGGAAAACAAGCCUCUGGGGCUUCAGAUCUUCAUUGGGACUGCCGAUGAGCGGAUCCUCAAGCCCCAUGCCUUCUACCAGGUGCACCGUAUCACAGGGAAGACUGUCACCACCACCAGCUACGAGAAGAUCGUGGGCAACACCAAAGUCCUGGAGAUCCCUCUGGAGCCAAAAAACAACAUGAGGGCGACCAUCGACUGUGCGGGAAUCCUGAAGCUUAGGAACGCUGACAUCGAGCUGCGGAAAGGCGAGACUGACAUUGGGAGAAAGAACACACGGGUGCGGCUUGUUUUCCGGGUGCACAUCCCAGAGUCCAGUGGGAGGAUCGUCUCCUUGCAAACUGCAUCAAACCCCAUCGAAUGCUCCCAGCGUUCUGCCCACGAGCUGCCCAUGGUUGAAAGACAAGACAUUGACAGCUGCCUGGUCUACGGGGGCCAGCAGAUGAUCCUCACGGGACAGAACUUCACGGCCGAGUCCAAAGUCGUGUUUACUGAGAAGACCACAGAUGGGCAGCAAAUUUGGGAGAUGGAAGCCACAGUGGAUAAAGACAAGAGCCAGCCUAACAUGCUUUUUGUUGAGAUCCCUGAGUAUCGGAACAAACACAUCAGGUCAUCCGUGAAGGUCAACUUCUACGUCAUCAAUGGGAAAAGGAAACGGAGUCAGCCUCAGCACUUUACCUACCACCCAGUUCCAGCCAUCAAGACGGAGCCCACUGAUGAGUAUGACCCCACCUUGAUCUGCAGCCCCGCCCACGGAGGCCUGGGGAGCCAGCCUUACUACCCGCAGCACCCAAUGGUGGCCGAGUCCCCCUCCUGCCUCGUUGCCACCAUGGCUCCCUGCCAGCAGUUCCGCUCAGGGCUCUCGUCCCCCGACGCCUGCUACCAGCAGCAGAACCCAGCGGCUGUCCUCUACCAACGGAGCAAGAGCCUGAGCCCCAGCCUGCUGGGCUACCAGCAGCCGGCCCUCAUGGCCGCCCCCCUGUCUGUCGCAGACGCCCACCGCUCCGUGCUGGUGCACGCCGGCUCCCAGGGCCAGAGCUCGGCCCUCCUGCACCCCUCCGCGGCCAAUCAGCAGGCCUCACCGGUGAUCCACUACUCGCCCACCAACCAGCAGCUGCGCUGCGGGAGCCGCCAGGAAUUCCAGCACAUCUUGUGCUGUGAGAAUUUCGCACCCAGCACCGCCAGGCCAGGCCAGCCACCGGUCAGUCAAGGUCAGAGAUUAAGCCCGGGUUCCUACCCCACAGUCAUUCAGCAGCAGAAUGCCACCAGCCAAAGAGCCGCCAAAAAUGGACCCCCGGUCAGUGACCAAAAGGAAGUAUUACCCGCAGGAGUGACAAUUAAGCAGGAGCAGAACCUGGACCAGACCUACUUGGAUGACGAGCUGAUAGACACACACCUUAGCUGGAUACAAAACAUAUUAUGAAACAGAAUGACUGUGCUCUUUGAUCCGAGAAAUCAAAGUUGAAGUAAAUGAAAUUAUCAGGAAGGAGUUUUCAGGACCUCCCACCAGAAAUCAGACGUAAAAGAAGCCAUUAGCAAGACACCUUCCGUAUCUGACCCCUCGGAGCCUUCCACUGCCCCUCACCUCUGUUUCCUUUCCUGUACAUCUCCCGACCCGGCGUCCACUGCGGAACAAUGUAUUGGCUAACUCGGAUUCUCCGUUCAGGAGCUCGCCAGCCCUCUCUGUAAACACCAGAGAGAACCCUCUUCCUUUUUAUUUUUGUUCCAAAUCCCAAAGAGCACCCUGUUGACCUUAAUGGUGUUCCACCCAAAUACUAAGUGCCUGCUGACCAAAAACACAUUCCGAGCAAGACAGCACGCUGGAACUCGCCUGAGAACUGAGUGACCAGAGCUGGGGGGGCUGAAGGGGUGCGGGAUGGAGGAUGUGGGUGCUGUGAUUAAACCCCAGGCCUUGCAUUCACUCUUCCAGGUCACAGAUACAGCCCCUGUACCUUUUGAAGGAAAGGAGUUCUCAAACCAAGCAACCAAAGGAACGUGGCCCGAGAGUCCGGCUCACAGGCUGAAGAUACCCCAAACCCUCUUGGUAAAAACAGAAGCCAGACCAUCCUCCCUAGGGAUCGUCUAUGCCAUGCCACAACUGGGCCACGGCUAGAGCUUUACUUAUUCUCUCAUUCCAAAACAAAACUGCCUGGCUGAUACCAAUCAUCUGUUCAGACUUCUUGGCUUUAAGUUAUGAUAUUUGUAUACAUUUUUAUUUUUCCCUGCUGCUUCAAAAAGCUGGCAAAGAAGGCUAGCGGUCAAGCCGUCUUGGCCAGCUGCUCUUCCCUGCAGCAGCAUCGGUGCUAUCGCAGAAUUUUCAUAGACUGGAGAAAGUCAGCCAAGGCGCCUGGUAGUGAGCACCCCAUCAGCUGCGCUGUACAACCUAACGGCUUUUCAAGGUUCCCGCUUUCUUUCUUCCUAACAGCAAGAAUGCUUCUCCGUAAAAUAGUUAAGAAGUUUGAAGUUCAAGCACAUGCAAUGGAUUCUGAAGAGGAAUGGUGGAAGGGCUAAGCAACCAAGAAAUAAACAGCGCAGGUGUUUUUGUUAAGUAAGACACUUGUUGCAUGAGGCAGCUGGCAGAUCUGAGUGCUUCUGUAAGUGGGGUCUGCCACCGAGGAGAAGAAGGGCUGAACUACUUCUCUGCCCUGAACUCAAAAAAUGGGUCCCAAAAUUCAUUGGUUAUUUUCACCUGAACCCAUUGUAAGCUUCUCUUGGUCCCGAAGCGUUGAUCCUAAAGCCCAGGCUGUCUGAGCCUCCCCCGCCCCUACAGGACUCACUCUUCUAGAUGCACAGCUACUCACCCUCCAUCCCUGUCUGGAUUAGCUGUGCUUCCACAAGUUGUAUGUUGUGAUUUCUCCCCGCAAUUGUUUCUGUCUCCUGAACAUGCAGUAACAAAGGUGCUGUCAACAGUCCUUGAAAACAAAACCCUCAGAGUCUUGGCAGGUGAGUUUUUAAUCACACAGAUCACCUUUUUCUGUUUGCAUUUAUUGCACACACCCCAGGACAAGCUGAGGAUUCACCUGCAGGCCUUCAGUUGUUUUCCCCAGUCAUCAACAACAACAACGUCUCAGUAUUCCUGUUGUUGUUAAGUACCUUUGAGCCGAUUCCCACUCACAGCAAUCCCAUGUGACAGAGUAGAAAUGCCCCAUAGGGUUUCCUAGGCUGUAAUCGUUACGGGAACAGAUUGCCAGGUCUUUCUCCUGUGGAGACACUGGGGUGGGUUUGAACCUCCAGCCUUUGAGUUAGCAGCUGAACACUUAACCAUCGUACCACCAGGGCUCGCUCCUAGCGCUCCUCAAAAGACAGAGUGAAUCCUCAAACAAAUCUGCUAGGCAAAAAAGGCCUACGAAGAGAAUCAGAGGGGUUAAAUUCCCACUGUGGCUUUUCUCAGCCCUGCCUCUCCAGUGAAGUUAUCCAGAGUGUGAAAACCUUCUUGAGAGCUGGGCCAAGAGUGUAGGACUUCAUAACCAUAGCCUGAUACACUCAGUGCUCCAGAGAGGGGAGGUCUUUAUACCCACUUGUCUGUACCUUUCAGUCAAUACCAAACAUAUACUUUUCCCCAACAACAGGGGCCUUUCCCAUCCCAAGCACAGAGUAGAGCAUAAUUCUCUUUUAAGCCAACAGAACGCCAGUAAGAAGUUGACCGCUACUGCAGAACUUCUGAGAUGCUAAAUUCUUUCUAAUUAUCAAAGAAAGUUCCUUAUACAAGCAGCUUUACCUAAAGAAUUUUCUCUCCAGCAACACUGACUUCACAGGGGAAGAGUUAGGGUGUUUGGUGAGUGGUUUGUUCUCACUCGGCCUGGCCCGCAGCCAUCUUUGCACAUGAGGAAAUUUGGCCUUUCCUCAGUUAUCUGAAUGUUUUAUCCAAGUGCCUUCCUGCUAUUGUAGCAAAGUAGCUCAGCUUCAUUGUCCACAGGGUGAAAAGGACUAAUGCAUUUUCCAUCAAUCAUCUACCCAUGUUAGUGAAAAGGGCUUCCUAGUAGCUCAGACUCCUGUACAUAUAUCUGCACGUGUGUGUGUAUAAUACACACACUAACGGCUCUCUAAGACAUCUUAGCUGGAUAUCAUAGGAAGCACUUUCACAAACAACUCUACCAAAUAACAAAGGAAAGAGAGAUAAGAGCAUUAGUCUUGAGACAUAGACAGGCAAGAGAAAGUGAAGUAGAAACUGACAGCAAGAAAGUUUGGUCAGUCACAAAUGCCAGGAGGAAAUUUUGCCCACAGUAGAUGCUCAUGAAAUAUUUUCAGUAUGGGAAGAGGCGAUAUAGACCCUCCAAGAGAAGGAGCAAGUCAGGAUGUCUGAAUGGUGAAGAUGGGUAUGUUGCAGGUGGGUUAGAAGGAACUAGGUUGUUAGGUCAAAGUUUGCACUUGCUACAUCCCGGCUAAUGUAAAUAUGUAGCACUUCUGACAGAAAUCCACCAUGUUGCUGAAUGUAGUCCAUUUCCCACAUUGGCAAGUCUUCCUGUAUUGUACAAAAAUACUGCUGCUUGAUAGUAUAUAAUAGCAAUCCAAAUUAAUUACUAUGUUAUUAAAUUUUUAUUUUCGUAUCUGUAUUUGUAUGCUUUUUAAUCUGUCCUCCAAAUAUCGCACCCCUGUUGGAAUUAGAAAAUAUUUAUAAAUGGUCGGAAUUUUUCUUCAAGUGUCUCUUUUUACAUAUAUAUAUAUAUAUAUAUUUUUUUUCCUUAAGAGAAAUGAUGUAUUCUUGAAAAUCUGUUAUUUGUUACAACAGAAAACUCAGAGCCUAUUUGCCGGCCAUCUGUCUCCUAGCAGAGAGCAGCUCAGGAGACAGGAGGGGCAAUGGCUUUGAGGAAGAAGGACCACCUGUUUUUUACUUGAGAAUGAUGCUGACGUCUUUCAGCCCCAAGCCGGGAUCUUAGAGACUGCAGAGAACUGUAUUGUAAAAUAUCUAAAUCCCCCUAAGUGACCUAAUGGAAUAUUUUGAUUUUUACCAAAAGCUGCCUGUGUCGUAAUGGGAUUCAAAAAUAGUUCAAAUUUUUAAAAAUCCCUAAUGCAGGCUAAUGUCUAAAGAGCCAGCCAAAUCUGAAUCCUGGUAGACAACCCUCACACGCGUUACCCGAAAGAUGUCCAAAGUUCUCCAGCAUAGACACAGCCUAGGACUAAUUGAGCGGAUUCCUUUUACGAACUGGGAAGCAGUGAUGUAGCUUUUAUUGUUUACAUCCAGUAGCCAGGAUAUCCGUCUCAGCCAGUCAGCCCUGGCCAGUAUGGGAGCUGUCACACUUAGCAGGUCGUUAGCUGAUGUAUUCUGAUUGUUACUCUGGACUAAAGUGAGGCUGAAAAUUAAUUUUCAUGUCAAAAAAUUACUUUCCAUGUACUUUCUCUUGUUCUGAAUGGAAAACAUGUCAGGAUUCUACUUAACAACAUUGUUCAUUUUGAGUUUACAAGAGGCACGUGGGUUGUGACAUUCUUGACAAGCUGGGGUCAGCUUUCCCCAAUUCAUUUUCUCAGGGGACAGCCCUUAAGCAGGUACUCAACACAUCUUAACCUUGGGUCUCCCAGGCAUGGGGCUUGAGAAUUAACAUCUCAUGGAACCAGACCAGCUAAUCACAUGACAAGUGUUUGCCUACGUUCCAACUAAACGCUUAAGAAGAGUCCCAUUCAGCUGUGACCCAAACAGCAAUCAUUUGUUUUCACAAGUGCCUUGAGGUAUAGCCAACCUCACUGUCUUCACUCGGUUUGCUUAAAACCAAACUGUUCUGAUGAAUGGUAACAAGAAAUGCCCCCUGCACAAGUCCUGUCUGAAAAUGAGGUGGGGUCCUGGGAGUUGGAAGUGGAAAGUUUAACACUCCUGUCCUUAUCCUGUCUUUAUGCUGCCAGAGUCCCCCUGCUGAUUUCAGGGUUUCAGUGAAAUCAAUUCGGAUGAUGCUGUUUUGAUCAAAGCAGACACUUGCUGGGUUCAAUUUGGCGGAGCAGACAGUCUGUGCCUGUUGGGACCCCAAACUUAGCAUCCUGGACAGCUUGUCAAAGAACCUCACUUACCCCUGUCACCUCUGCAGCCCUCAAAGGGAGACAACUCUGAGAGUGUCCUGACAUGGCUCUCCAAUGAAUAGAAAGAAGCCCCUCCAACGGAGUGGUGCUGGAAGGCUUAGGUUUUGAACAUCCUGACUGUUAAAGGACUUUUGAAUACAUCGCAUUCCUAUGAAAAAACGUUUUUAAUCUCCAGUGUAAUGUAGUUUAUUUUUGCUAUAUGUAAAGUAUUUUUAUACGGCUUGUAUUAUGAUAGUUUAGCAAUAAAACAGUCGAAAGCAAUGGCUACUCUUGUGUAUCUUUUCUUCUUUAAAGAGGCUGUUCAAAUAUCCCU